AUGACGGAACUUGGACCAGAACAUCCCAGAAAUUUAAUUCCGUCGUUAUGCAAUCAGUUUUACCAUUUAGGAUGGGUAACCGGCACUGGCGGAGGAAUAUCUAUAAAAGAAGGCAACAAAAUCUAUAUAGCUCCAUCUGGAGUCCAAAAGGAACGAAUGAAGUCUGAUGAUCUAUUUGUACAGACCAUUGAUGAUGAAGAUUUGGAACUGCCUCCUGCAGAAAAGAAAUUGAAGAAGAGUCAAUGCACUCCUCUGUUCAUGCUGGCAUACCGUGAACGCGGCGCAGGCGCCGUCAUACACACUCACUCCCCUCACGCAGUGCGGGUUACACUCCUCCAUGAUAAAGAAUUUGUCAUCACACACCAGGAGAUGAUAAAGGGUAUAAAGGAUGCUAAACUGGAUCGCUAUCUUCGUUAUGAUGAAAAGUUAGUGGUCCCUAUCAUAGAGAACACUCCGUUUGAAAAGGACCUAGCGGGCAGCCUCGGUGAAGCUUUACGUCAAUACCCAGGAACCAGCGCAGUUUUAGUGAGGAGACACGGGGUUUAUGUGUGGGGCGAUACUUGGCAGCAAGCGAAAACUAUGACUGAAUGCUAUGACUACUUAUUCGAAAUGGCAGUUGAAAUGAAAAAACUUGGUCUUGACCCCGCUUAUAACCCAGAGGCAGCGCAAAAUGGAAAACAGUGA